AUACUUGGUUUUGGCUGCAGCUUGAAACGACUGAAACUUUUGAACGUUGUUAUUCUGUCGGGAUCUUUGGUUGUUUAGGUUGUUAGUCUCAGAAGAAAAAAAAACAUGGCUCAGAUCAACAGCUGCCUCAAAUACAUCUUUAUCGUCUUCAACUUCUUCUUCGCGAUUGUGGGUGGAGUCAUCAUCGGCCUCGCUGUGCUGGCUCAUUUUUUUGCCAAUGAUGAGGUAGAACAAAAUCAGCUGGAGGACCACACCGCCGGUGUCAUUGUGCUCUAUGCCAUUGGCAUCACCACCAUGGUGAUCGCGAUCGUAGGAGCCUACGGGGCUCACAAGGAGAACAAAGUCUGUCUGGUUGUGUUCCAAACAUUUAUGGUCACCGGAGGUUUGGUAAUGUUCCGAAUUGCAAUCCCAGAAGUCAUCAACCGUCCCAAGAUGGAAGCCAUGCUGGAUGUGGAGCUCCGUAAAAUGCUUCCUCUGAACAGAGCGGAGAAGAAGAUAAGGAACAUGUUGGACCUCCUGCAGACUCACAUGCACUGCUGUGGACUCUUCAGCUACAAAGACUGGGAGGACGACAUCCCAGACUCCUGUGAAUGCACCGAGGUGGUGGAGAAAUACGAGUGCCAGAAUAUCAACUACAGAGAUUUCUACCAAAUGAAGACAAAGUCCAUCUACAGCGAGCCCUGCUUCCCCAUCAUCUUGCACUAUGUCCUGAUGGUCGUGGACAUCGGGCUCGGGGUCUUCUUCUUUCUGGCUGCUCUGGCUGUGCUCGGCUCGGUUAUGUCCUCCAUCAUGAUCUGCCAGCUCCGUCCACCCAAAAGAUCCUCUGUCCUGCUUGCCACCACCACCAUCUCCACACCCGAACCACCCAAGUACCAGGAGCUAGAGAGAAACCCUCCUCCAUACUGAAGGAGCAGCUCAGUAUUUGUAUCAUCAGCUUGUUGCACGUGUUUAGGAUUUGCUUCUUUUUGUGUUUCCUUUGCCAUCUGCAUCGCUGUGAGGGGGUCCAGCCGUGGAGCCUGAAGCACCACCGGGUUUAAUGACCGUCGUAGAGAAACUGAUUUCUUCCUGUGAGGAAGAAUCUCAUGCUUAAUUCUGCUUAUUUCUUUGUCAAAGUGAAGACUGAGAAAGAUUUUACUGAAAAUUUUAACCAUUUGAAGGGAAAUUUGGUCAUUUAUCAGUGGUUUGUUAGUGAAAAUCACAGCUGUGUUUUCCUUUACUGUCAUCAUGUUAUUCUUGAUAAAGACGCAUCAUUCCUGCAGGAUGUCACCUGAACACUGAUGGAGCUGCUGGGUACACGUCAGCUUUCAUCAAUAAACGAUUUUUCAUUUCAUUUCUUUCAUUUUCAUUCAUUCCUAAUCCUAAAAGCUGAAAAAGACAAAUACAUUUUAUAUUUUUAUAGCUUUUUUUUCCUGCUGCAAACUCAUGUCCAACUUACAUAAAUAA